UUCACUGUUUCAGUCGCCUGCAGCAGCUCCUGGUGCUCCCACUGCUGGUGGAGCACAGAGAGGACAGAGGCCACAGCUGGAGACAGGCAGAUCAGCACUAGCCUGGGCUUCAACGGGAAAGACUUUGCGAGCAGGAGACAUGUGAAUGUUUUUUUUCUUUCCAAGGUUUUAAAAAACGAACUGAGCAACUGGCAAAAGACAUCGGCACUACUCUACAAAGAUUCCCUUUUUUUUUUCCAGAACAAUUUUUUUCAGAAGAAAAUCUUUUAGGCAGCUCCAUGAAAAGACUGAGAGGCGGAUGCUUGUUUUUUUUCACCUUCAUUCUGCAGAGCUACCUUUUCUUUUUUGAUGUAAAUUCCCACUCGGUGGCCAGCCCCAGCCUGUGUAAAGCUUAAAGGGAGCACAGUUUUGAAUUGUUUCGAAGUUUUGUUGUUUCUUCUUCUCUCCAUUUCUUCUUCACUCCAUUGAAAAAAAAAAGAAGAAAGAACUGGAGGGUAGAGGUAAGGGCUCUUAACUGGCUUGAGCUGUUUAUGUUGAAAGCAUUACCUCACCCUAAAGUAUUUCUGGUUGAGGCAGUCAGCCUGGAGUGCGUUAGUGUCUCUCUGUCUUUCUUCUUAUCUAACGGGCUUUUUUAUUAUUUUUAAAAGGAAGUUUUGACAGCCAGAGUUUACAGCCUCCUUUUCUUCAGGCUUUUUGCACAUGCUCUGACAGAAAGCGGUGACUUCACUCCUCUUUACACACUCCCCCCUCUUCCCCUAUUUUUUCUUUUUUUUUUUUACACGACACAGUCAGGCAGCAUGCCAGCCUUUUUCCUCUUGCUCCGCUCCCUGCUUAUCAGGCUGCUUAGUAGCAAAUUAGCAGGCUCUGCAGCGCAGUUCCUCAGGAGAAGCCUCUCUGCCACUGCUUCUCACAUCGGCUCCCUGUUGCGCCACAUCUGGGACCGCAUCCGAUCUCAGGAGUCACGGGAGGCUAUCCUUUCCUGCGUCCUCUGCAUUCUCAACAUGCACAAGAAAGUGGAUAACUGAUUUUCUGCACCCCCCCCCCUCCCUCCCAUUUAUCAACAUUAUUUUUUUUGUCUUUCAUUGAGCUGUGAGAGAGACACUGAAGAUUUUUACAAAGCUGAUUUAGAAACCAUGUCGGAAAGCAUCGUCAGGAAAAUCCAGCCUUUCACAAUUGGGACCAAGCUCUCGGUCCCCUCUGUGCCGAAAUGCCCAGAUUUCGCGGAAUCUUACCUGCCAAGCCAGACCCUGGAUAACUGUAAAAUGCAGCACAAUUUGAACGACCAGGUGUCCCUCUACCUCGGACAGUCUCAGAUGCACCCCAGCGCCUCGCAAUUCUCACCCGUGGCGGCCAGGGUGAUGCAAGUGGAGAGGCGCCCAGAGGAGAUGGUUGAGGAAGACCACCUCAACAGGAACGCUGUCUCUCCCACCUCUGCCUCCAGAUCCAUCAAAAAGAUCACCAUCUCUGGCAGCACUGAAGCUCCCGGAGACAGGGGGGCCACAGUAGCACACUGUUCCAAGGUAGCACCAGUCUCCAAAACAGAGAACAUCAACAACAACAACAACAACAUUGCCUUCAAGCCCUUGCCCAGGAUUGUUGGGGUGUCGUGUGAGAAUAAGCCCAAUUCCCAGUUCAAGGUUUUCCUUAGAAAAGAAGCAGAUUUGGACACAGGGAGCAAAGAAAGGAGCAAUGGAGGCUCAAGUGGAUUGCAGAGUUUGAAGGAGAAAACCCCCAGCAUCUGUCAGAAUGCUGAACCAAGGGCCGUGUUGCCCAGAAAAGAGUCACUGAAAAUGGAGAUCCAGUCUUAUGGGCAUGUGGAAACACCCAGCUCUGAGAGAGUCCACACACAGCGGAGUGAAUGCAGUCUCACACAGCUCAAUGCACAGUUCAACAGGGAGAUAUUGCAGGCUGAGGCAUGGAUCAAGGGGAAGCUUCGAGAUUUGAAGGAUGGCUGCAGUGUGCAGAGGUGCCCCCUACAGGACUGGGAGGAAGUUGCACAGACCUUGCAGAGGGACCUGAAAGACUUUGAAAACACCCUGAUACAGCUAAACCAGAUGGGGGAGCAGCUCAUCUGCAGACAGAAUCCCACGGCAGACCAGGUGAAGAAACAGCUCAGCCAACUCAAGGAUCAGUGGCAACUGCUCAGGCAAACAGCUGGAAAUCAGUCAAAAGCCCUCAGUGGAGCAAGAAAUUUGCAAGAGUUUAACAGAAAAGUUGAUAAGCUUGAAGUUUGGAUUAAGGCAAAGCAGGAAGAGGACCAAUCCCUAGCAAAGGUACUUGGGCAGAAUAUUGACAAACUGCAGCUGACGAGAAAAAUACUGGAUCUUAAACAGGACGAGCAGCUGUAUAGGACCCUUCAUGAAGAGAUCAACAGCCUGGCUCUCAAAUUAGAAAAACUAGGAAAGAAUGAAAGCAAGAACAUCUCGGCGAGGAGGAAACAUAUCAACAAAAUGUGGCUCAAAGUCCAGACACUUCUGAAAGACUUUCAUGAAAAGCUGCAGCUGGCUUUGGAACUCUCUUCAUUUUACCAACAGGCAGACAACGUCAUCAGAGCCAUUAACAAUAAGAGGAAAAGCAUAUCAUCUUCAAGUGACCAAGAAAACAGUACAGACAGAGAGAUAAGGGACAUAGCCAGUCACAUUAUGAUGCUGGAUGUCACUGCUUCUCAGCUGUCAAAUCUCCACCCGGCCUUGGCAACCGGAGUGACCCAGAAGCAGGGUGAGGUGAAGGAUGGCUGGGCCUUGCUCCAGAAGGCUGUGAGGAAUGAGAAAGCAGGGUUGCAGUCCUCCUGCUUAGUUUUCACCAGGGAAGAUGGCGACCCCCUGACCCCUACCAGGGGGCCACAAUGCAGCGUGGGAACAGAGGUGCACAGGAUCAUGGGAAAAGAGGUUAAAGAAGAGCAGAACCGACUCAAAGGAUGUGUGAGCAUUAGAGAGCCUGAGGGUGUCAGGACAUUAAUAAGCAGCCAAGUUGAAGACCACUCUUCAAAGAGCCCUACCACAGAAACAGGAAUUAAUCCCUGCCACUCACAUGAUGUCAGUGGGAGGAGCCAAGCAGAUGAAGACAGUAAGAAACAUAAGACUGAGUCCCACACUGCCUUCUCACGUGGAAACUCACAACUCCAAGUCCAGUUACAGAAAUUCACGGUUUCUGCAGAUAAGACUCUGUCAUGGCUGAAGGACAAUGUUGCUAUGGCAACCCAGCUCUGCUGCGCUGUCGGUCCCGAUGGCUUUGAGGAGGCCAGGAGGUGCCAGGCCGCCCUGGAAGAGGACAUCCUGUCAAACAGGGCAAGAAUUGAGGUGGUCCAGAAGGAGGGAAGGAGCCUUGUGCGAGCACAGCACCCAGGCAGUGCAAAGAUUGAAGAGUUCCUUGGCCAGCUGGACGUGCUCUGGGAGGAGCUGAAGAAGAGACACCAGAAGAAUGCCGUGGUGCUCCAGGAAUCAGAGAAACUGGACUUAAAGGCGCAGAAAGUCCUGAAGGACCUGAGCAGCUUGGAGGCCUGGCUGCAGACGGUGGAGUCGUCCAUCCGGCAGUCCUCCCUGGAGGGAGACCCCGAGUCCGUGUCAGCUGCAGAGAGGGAGAGCAGCCUUCUGGAGAGAGAGGUGGCCUCCAGAGGCCUGGAGCUCAGGGUCCUGCGGCAGGAGGUGGACAAGCUGAGUGGCAGGAGGCACGUCCAUACCCAGCAGCUGGCGCGCAGGAUGGACGAGGUGGAGGAGAAGUACCGGAGUGUGCAGGAAGCUCUGAAACAGCAGACCUCAGAGCUGCAGGAUACUCGCAUGCUGACGGAGUUCCUGGAGAGAGUGGAGCUGGAGGAAUGUCUGGAGCCCAAGAGAAUGAGCUCCGUGGACUGCAAUGAACAGGCUCGUGGCAGUGAGCUGCGAUCCAAUUCCUCACUGCUCCAGCUUUCGGACCCAGCCAGUCAGCUGAUUGACAGCAUUGCAGACCCUGUGGAGGAGCUGAGAGAGGCAGUGGAGAUGCUCAAUGACACAGUGAGGGAGAGGGGCAGAUCUCUCAUCCGCAACCAAGACCAGGGAAUCAAGGAGCUGCUGAGCCAGCACUCAGCUCUCACUGUGAGGAUUAAUGGCAAACUGUCGAGAAGUCUGGAGCUGCACGUGGACAUUCAUGAGAUGGAGACAGAAAUGGCAGUGAAGUGUGAGCCUGACCAGUGUGGGCUGGAAGACUUGGAAGACCAGCAAGAAGAUCUGGAGAUUGACUACGAGAUUAUCAAGGAGGAAGUAGAUGAAUUGGAGAAACUGGCUGCUCAAUUAGAGGAGCUGUGCCCGGAGAAAAUGCAGGUCCUGGGUGAAGAGGUUCGAUCGACACUGCAUGUCUGGGAAGAGCUGGGCAAGAGCCUUACAGAAAACAGAGCAAGGCUCCGCCAGUUUCUGCAGCUGCAGGACUUCUUCAGAAAUUACCUGGCGAUGAUUUCCUGGACAGAGGAUACCCGAGCCUGCAUCUUCUCAGAUACCACUGUGCACCCUGGGAAAGGCAAUCAAAUGCCUGUCAUAGCAGAGCUCGAUAAGAAGAUUGAGCAGAAGUUUGCAGAGUUUGAUGACCUGGCUGCUGCCGGACAGAAGCUAAUUGAUGAAGAGCACCAUUUGACUGAGAUGAUCAAAGAGAGAACAGAGGAACUGAGGAGCAUGCUGGGAUGGAUUCUUGUCCGCUGGAGGGCACAGAAGCACCAGAGGAGUUGUGGGAAAAGAAAAGAAGAGCCAAAGGGUGAUGUCAUUUACUCAGAAGCUACAAUAUGCUCACCUCAGCAACAUCAGAGCCUCUCGCCCCAGUCAGAGCUGCCUCUAAUGGCAAAGGCACAUUUCAAAGGAGGCCAGAGGCAAGCAGACUUUGAGGCCUGCUCUGGUCCUGAUGGGUCCAGUAUCCAUGGUGACGCGGUCAGUGAGCAGCAGCCUGAGGCCUGCUAUGAGGUGAUGGCUCAGAUUGGUCAGAAGAAGAAAGGUGUGAGCUCCCCUGUCGGGGCUCCGCAGGGCCUGCUGUCUGCAGACUCCCCAGAAUCUCCUUUCCUCGUUCUGAAAGAGCCCAGUGCCCCAUCCCUGGGCGGCACAGUCAACCUCAUUCUCAGUUUUGGUAAAAAGGGGGACAGUCAGCUGCAGGUUCAAGACCCUGUGGAAGAGGGGGAGACCCAGGAGCCUGUCCACCGGCCAUCUGAAUCUCAGUCCUCUGCCUGUAAAAACUUUUGGAAGCGCUGCCAGGGGCUUUUGGAAAAUACUUUUGGUAGUUUAAAGAGAAAGAAAAAGAUUUAUCAGCAAAGUGCUGAAGAGGUAAGUACCUAUCUGCAUGUCAAGGACAGCCACAAAGCUAUGACACCUGUAUACGAGAGCGUUACUUUGCCCCGCCUCUCUAGUAAGGAGCAACCUCAACCCUCCACCUCCUCCAUGUGCUCGGUCAGCAGUGUCUCUUUCCACACACUGCCGAAGAUCACCUCUAACUCCCUCUUCAGCAGCCUGAAGAGGAGGAACAAGAAGAAGAAAAGAGAUGUUCGCCGACACACCAUCCAGAAGAUCAUGGGUGUCAGCCAGGCAGACGUUAGACCGCUGGAGGACAAUCCAAUCACAUAUAACACCAACACGUGGCCUCUAAAGGAGAGAACAAAAGGGUCCACAGAUCCCAGUCCUGUCAAUGGACAGGUUCUUGACUAUGUCAAAAACCCACUGGUUAAGGACAUUGAUGCAGAAUGCACUAGUGUUUCAAACUUUGCUCAUUCGACAUCAAAAAGAAGCACACAUCUAAACAAAGAUGGCUCCACACCACAUGUCAAAAAAAAUUGCAGACAUGUCUCUCUGGGUUCUGUGCUGAGCUUUGAACUGCCUAAGGACUUGAGCCUCAUAAGCAACAUCCCAGAUCUUAUUACAAUAGCUCCCCAGGAACAGAAAAGGACGGGUGACCUUUCAAGCAGUAGUGACGGUCAUGGCCUGUACAGCAGAAAUUCGAUAUCCGAAAGAUGUCUGGGCUUUAGCACUUUCAAACAGACGUGUUUAAAACCCAAACUCGGUGAAGAAUCUUCACCACACAGCCAAGAAGUGGAAAAGAGUGUAAUAAAAGGAAAUCAUAAUUCCCGAAAGGUUAGUUUAGACACUCUCUCAGUGUUGCCCCAACUUUCUGAGAAGCGUAAACAGGAAUAUGACUCUGCAACCAAUAGUCAGGCCAUUUUUGGUGGAGACAUAUCAGACAUAAAGUUGGGCCAAAUCAGUGAUUUACUUAAGAAGGCUGGACAUGAUUGGGAGGAGCAGGUAUCUGCAUUGGACUCUCCUGAAAAUCUACAUAGUGCCAACCAAACGACUGAUAUACUCAAAGGGGAGAAUCACCUUAAACCCAAAGGCAGUGACUGCCACUCUGAACCUGUGUAUAACUUUUGCCCGGGUGGCAAUGCAUGCCAGGUGCUCAUAAAGAAACAAGGCAUUACAGACAUUUCUGGAAUCAGCCCUAUUGCAACCCCCCACGUGGCCAAGGACCAAAACACUGUCAUCAAGGACAGGGAAUACUUGGUGGAUUCAAGUACUUGCAACAUUGGAAGGAUUAAGGUCUGUCCCAGACAGCGCAUGGAAGCAGCGGAUGUUUCCCUGCUGAGGAAAGCUGUUGGGAGACCUUAUUCAUUCGCAGAAGCAGAAGGCGCGGCCUGUAAUGGUGACCUAAGCGGCUGUGAGGCUGGGGUUGGAGCAGGAGCUGGAGCAGGAGCAGGAGCCAGAGAGGAAGCCAUGGGCGUCAUCCAUCCCGACCACCAGCAGUUUGAAGAAGAGGAGGAGGAGCUGGAGGACAUCUGGAACAAAACCAACAGCUACAGGCAGAGCAUCUGCUCUGACAUCAUGUACCAGACCCACAAGGAGGAACUGACAGGCUCACCCUCCACGCGAGAGGAGGAAUCAGACUCUCGGGGACAAGAUGUGUUAUACAGGAAACUAAUCACUGCCUCGGCACCCAACCUGCUGGUCGCUGAGUUCAGGCUUCCAGCCUCCAUUCAGACCCUUCUUGGCUACAGUAAAGAGCAGAGUGCUGGGGAGAAGAGCCCAGACAGGGGCAACAGGCAGUCCUGGGCUGCUUUCCCUCAGCAGGAACAGCCUGACCAGCAGAUAGCUCUGGUUAAUGAGACAGCUUCUGAUAUGGUGAAACUGCCUGAUGUAGAGGACCAGCAAAAGUAUAUCUACCAGUAUAGAGAGGAGGAGGAGGAGGAGGAGGAGGUGGAGGACACAGGUUGUCUGAAGGACCAAUCGGUGAGCCUGCUGUCAGUUCACAUGGGCUUGGAGGGUCAUGGAAACCAGCUAACCUCCAUGAGUCCCGAGUGUGACCGCGCUGAGCAGGGACACAUUUCUACCACUGGAGGGCUCUGCAGCUCUGUGAACGGGAAGAAUCCUGAAUUUCAAUCGAUGGCAGGAACACUGGAGAGGAAGCACAAGCUGCAACUGGGAGGAAAGAAGGCGGCGUGCAGAGCCUGGAACACAUAUCAUGCUGUGCUGUUUAAACAGACUCUCUGCUUCUACCAAGACAGAAAAGACACACUGAAGAGUACCGUGGCAGGACUGCCCCUCAACCUGACUGGCGCUGAGUGCGUUCCAGCUCCGGAGUACACCAAAAAGGCCAACUGCUUCAGUCUCCGGCUACGUGAUGGCUCAGAAUAUCUCCUGAGUGCAUCUUCCCGAUUUUUAAUGAAGAAAUGGAUCCUGAAAAUUCAAGCAAAUACAGGGCUGAGAGAGAUCAAUUCCUCGCAAUCUGUUUUUGGGCACUGUGUGCAGGACUUUUCAGCUACGAAUUCAGGUAGCACCUGCCACUGCAGCCCUACAUGCCACUGUCCAAAAGGGGGCGACACCACUUCCUAUUUCUCGGGGCUCGGUCAGCCGGCCACCACAAGAUCUAAAGAGAUCAUAGUUCUGACGAGAGACAACCCCCAGCCUCCUAGGCAGCACCAUGGGAACUCAGAGGACCUGCUUCCGGCCUUGUCUUCAGACACAGAUCACUGUGAAGAUCACCGCAGCUCCCAGCAUCAGCUCGGGAAAGACAAGCUGUCUUGGGCUGGCAGGGAGUCCAGCCCAAAGUCCGGGGACUCCCCUCACUCUGACCACCUGGACUACCUGAGCAACAAGCGUCGCUCGUAUUCCUUUACCUCAGCUACCUACCAGAAAAUCACCCCUGUCUCUUUGCCCUCUCGAGCGCUGGAGGGAGGGUCCAGUUACUCUGUGACUCUGUUCAUUGGAGAUCAGCAGGCAGAACUCCAGAGCUCCCCAGCCCUUCCCGGUUUGAACAGCAUGGAGUCAGUGAAUCACAAGGAGUCACAGCCUAUUAGCUGGAACCCUGAGACUAUACAGAGAGAGAGAAACUUUGCCAGUCUGCCUAGACCAAGGAACAAAUCAGUCUUCAAAAAGUUUUUUGGAAAGAAGGAAUGAACAGCAGAGACUUGGAAUACCUCUUGUUAGAUGUGGGGGAAAACCAUAUAACUGUACUUGACUGGUUUGCUGUUCUGGUGUGCAGUGCACAUUGUUUCCUUUAAAAGAUUUUAGAAGUAUUUAAGUAUCCUUCAAGUAUUUAAAAUGCCAAAAAAUAAUUAUGGGUUUCUCACAAUUGUAAUGUUUAGGGGUGGAAUGACUGUUUCUUAAUUAAAUCAUUCACUAAUUCAUUUUUGUCCACUAUCAGAAAGCUGCUAAUUCCUAGUAAGAUUUGCAACAGCUCACAGCACAUCCCAGAAGCACAGAGCACAAGGCAGGAUUAAGCCCUGGACAGGACACCCAGCCCAUCACAGGACACACAUAAGCAAGGAAACUUAGUGAUACCAACUAGGUUAGUAAGCCUGACUUCUGCAGGUUUGAGGAAAGCAGAGCAAACAAACACAAAACCUGAGGACACAUGCAAACUCCAUACAGAAUAGCCACAAUCUGGGAUUGUACCUAGACCCUAGGAAUUGUGAGGCAGUGUUAGCUGCCAUGCCACUGUGCCUCCCAAGCCAUAGUCACUCUCUUCAAAUUCUUCGGGAUUGCACAUAAUACUAUCCACAAUUUCAACCAAGUACAGAGAUUUAGGUCAGGUGUCUAAGUAUAACUGAUUUAGUAUGACUUAUCCACUGCUGUUCUGGUCCACACUUCUUCAAAUAGAAUAAACUGUUAAACCACAAAUAAAAACGGCUAAAUAAAAAAUGACAGAAAACACCUAACAAAUACCAUGUUUGUAAAUGAAAUGUACUCUGAACAGUGGGAUGUACAUUUUAAAACAUUAGCCUGCCUUUAAUUCCUGAGGUCAGCAGGACUCGUGAAGGUAUUAACGUUCUGAUAUUUUACUGCUGUGUUUUUUUUUCUAUUUUCAUACUUUUAUAUCCAGUUGAAACUAAUCUUAGCAGUCAAGCCAAACUGUUUUUAUCCUUCACUUUUUUUUGUUGAAUCAUUUGUCUGAGUGACGCAUUUGGGCUGCUGAAGUGUGCUCUAUAAGCUGAAUCAAAGUGAAUUA